AUGACCAAUAGAAUAAACGCCUUUACCGAUGAUGCACUAGGGAAUUUAGAUGCAACUGGCGUUGCAGAAGCCAUUGCUCAAAAGAAAAUAAGUGUUCAGGAAGCUGUUGAGGCCGCUAUUCAACGUGCAGAAAAGGUAAAUCCUAAUCUCGAUGCUAUUAAAGUAAGGGCCUAUGAUGAUGCUAGAAAGAAUGACAAACUAAAUGCCGAAGGUGCGUUUUAUGGCGUUCCUACGUUCAUUAAAGACACAGAUAACGUAAAGGGUCAUCCUACUCAAAUGGGCACGGGUGCGUACACUUCUAAAAAGGCUAAAAGCAAUAGCAAGUUUGUAAACCAGUUUUUAAGCACUGGGGUUAACUGUUUGGGAAAAACCACCUUGCCAGAGUUUGGUUUGCUGUGCAGUACGGAGAAUUCUAAAUGGAACGUGACUAGAAACCCUUGGAAUACAGAGCAUACUGCUGGAGGGUCAUCUUCUGGCUCUGCCGCAUUAGUAGCUAGUGGUGCUGUGCCAAUUGCAUCUGGUAACGAUGGUGCAGGCUCUAUUCGAAUACCAGCGGCUAUUUGUGGUUUGGUUGGCUUAAAACCCACACGAAACAGAAUUUACGGCAUGGAUGGUGCUGAACUAAUGCCAAUAGGUAUUGUUCAUCAAGGCGUAUUAACCAGGUCGGUUAGAGAUACUGCCCUUUUCUUUGCCGAAGCAGAGAAGUAUAACCACAACAAGCGUUUACCCACACUUGGCCACAUUAAGCAUGCAAAUAAGAAACGCUUAAAAAUUGCCAUGCUUGAAAACCGAGCUGAAGGCACAAUGGGAAGACAAGGUGAAGAGACCUGGAGCCUACAAUUAGAAACUGCUAAAAUUUUAGAAAGUCUUGGCCACAAGGUUGAGCUUGUUCCAUUACCGAUAGAUGCUGAUUCUAUGAUUGGCGACUUUCUCAACUACUACGGUUUUUUGGCUUAUAUGUCUAGCCAUUGGGGGAAAAUGGUGUUUCAAGCCAAGGUGGAUAAGUCGCAAUUAGAACCCUUUACAUUGGGAUUAGCUGAACGGUUUAAGGCCAAUAAAUUCAAGCUCCCUAAAAGCAUUAAAGCAAUGCGUAUAAUGGGAGCAAAAUGCAGUGCACUUUUCAAGCAAUACGACAUUGUAAUGACACCAGUUUUAGCACACCGAACACCAAAAGUUGGGCAUUUUUCUCCAGAACUUAGUUAUGAUGAUGUUUGUAAAAACGCAGUAGAAUUCGCCACAUAUACCGGACUGUACAACAUAACGGGAGAACCAGCCAUUUCAUUACCAAUGGGCCAAGAUUCUAGCGGAAUGCCAUUAGGUGUUCAGUUUGCUGCUCCGUAUGGAGAAGACCAGCGAUUAAUUGAAUUAGCCUACGAGCUUGAAGAAGCUAAGGGCUGGGCUACCAUAUCGUAG